GAUUGCGAGACACACAUUUUCACACCAGUCUGGCCACUCACCGUAAGCCAACAUGGCAGAUCAGGGUCCUAGUAAAUCCGAUAUAACAGCAAUUUUUAAGAGACUGCGAUCUAUUCCAGCAAAUAAGGUGUGCUUCGACUGUGGUGCAAAGAAUCCGACCUGGUCCAGUGUUACGUAUGGGGUGUUUAUCUGCAUCGACUGCUCUGCAGUACACCGCUCUCUGGGGGUCCACCUCUCUUUUGUGCGUUCCACUCAGCUUGACACCAACUGGACCUGGAUGCAGAUUCGUGCCAUGCAAGUUGGUGGCAACGCCAAUGCCGUGUCAUUUUUUCAGCAACAUAACUGCACCACUGCAGAUGCCCAACAAAAGUACAAUAGCCGGACAGCACAGCUGUACAGAGAAAAGCUACAUCAUCAAGCUGCCACAGCAAUGAGGCUACAUGGAACAAAGGCUUUUAUUGAUCACACGGAGACACCUCAUGGUAGUCCAGAGACAAAAGAAGUAGACUUCUUCAAAGAGCAUGAGCUGGCAGCAUUGGCUAAAACUGCUGAACAGCAAGCUGAGGAGGCUCGGGCAGAACUGCCCAGGGCGGCUCUGUGCCAGCUCGCAACCGAUUCAACGCCGACAAAGUCUGACACUUCCCUGGGGUCGCUUGGGAUGCCGUCAGCUACACGCAAGCCUCAGCGUCGCCCAGGAAAAGGAUUAGGUGCUCAAAGGGUUCAAACUAAUUUUCAAGAAAUCGAGAGAGAAGCUCAAAAGGCUGACGAAAUCCGCGCCACAGCUGUGACACAGGUGCCUGUCACAACUCCAGAAGAAGAUGCUCGUCGUUUAGCAUCUGUACGGCUUGCCUACAAGGAUCUCAGCAUUCAGCAGGAUGCUAAACUCAAGCAGGUGGACCCCCGUAAAGCUCAGCAGCUAGAGCGGCUUGGCAUGGGGUUCAGCGGCUCAAGGGGUGCAGUGUCGCAUUCAGCCUUGCAGGACAUGAAGACCAUCACCCAGGACACACCUUCCAAUUCAAAUUCUACUGUGGAGGUUGGAGGCAUUGGCUUUUUCUCCUCUGGUCCACCGAAAUAUGGGGACAGUCCUUUCGAGGAUAGCAAAGGCUCGUGGGACACUCUCAUCUCGUCCCCUACAAAGGAUCCUGACAUAUCUGGACGAAACCGCCACGUAGCUCCAUCAGGUGGGACUGAUGAAGCGCAGAAGAAAUUUGGCAAUGCAAAAGCUAUUUCAUCGCAGCAGUUCUUUGAAGGAUCACGAGACACAGAUUUUGAAAGGCGAUUGCAGCUGUCACGCUUCGAAGGGUCCUCAGCCAUCUCAAGCGCAGAUUACUUUGGGGAUGGAGUUUCCACUCAGCACCACGAUGUGUCCAGCGGCCCCAACUUGUACGAGAUUCGUGAAGGAGUCAGAGAGGGCGUAACUAAGGUUGCCUCACGUCUCUCCUCGAUUGCCAAUGGCGUUGUUAGUUCUCUGCAGCGAAAAUGAAAGCAAACUGGACCGAUAUGGCUACUGAAGUUGUACAGCAUUCCCGUAACUCCUGGAGUCAUGUGGCACACAACUUUCGUACCGUGCCUGAAGCUGCACUACAGCACCACACUACAUUGGAUUGUGGGGUUCACUUCUGUUUUUCUUUUUUUUUUUUAAUGACUUCUCAGUCUCAUUAAGUGCUCUUGGCCAGACAAGGAGGAACUUUGAAAUAAAAUAUCAAUCAAUCAA